UCUAAUUUGCUUAUUUUAACUGUUGCCUGUAGUUCUUUUGAAGGGCUGUGCCCCAACACGUGUUCUGAGGAUGGACAUUUUGGCAAUGGUCAGUGCUUGCUUCGUAAAUUCAGUCUCGAAUAUUAUUGACUCUGGCUGUGAUUCUUGAUAGCAAGAAAUUGGUUCUUUUGUCUCUGCAUGCCCUUCAGCGCUUAACGGAGUUCCUUUAACUGUGCUUGAUAAAUAUGCUUUGCCUGCCCAAGGAAGCAGUCUUCCUGUUUUACUUUGCUCAUUCUGGUGGUUGCUGUUUAGGAGGUAGCUGCCAUUCAUCCCUUCCCAAGACAGUAGGUGGACUUCUGCAGUCACAGCCAUGGGGACCCUUUACCCGGAGGCUUGAUGUCUGUUGAGGCAUUUGAAGGCCACGGAGGCCUUUUUGACUCCAUGGUGAUGAUGAGGAAGCUGAGGUUUAGAGAGAAGAGCUGAGUGUCCGGAGUCGAUAAUUAGCAGUGAUACUGACAUCCCCAAGAAGCCUAAAUCUUGUGAACGAUGAGUCAGGUUCCGUGGUGGGGCUUGUGUUUCAUGUUCGUAAUAAAGCGAUAAAGGUAAAAGUGAUGGAGCUAAACCAUGACCAAUAUAGGAUUAUGAGAUACAGACAGCCCAGGAGGGAAACUGAAAGUGUUCAGAAGAUGACAGGUGUCCCUUUUGGUCUAAGGACCAGUGACAGCAGGGGAAGGGAGGCCUAAAAGAGAAUUUUGAGCCACAUCACAGGGGAGCCACAAGUGGGAAGUAGUAGUGGUGCAGCACUUGAGAAGUCAGCACACUCAGGGGCAUUUGUGACCAUGUGACCUGGACAGAGGAGCUAAGAGGGCUGAGGAUCAAACUUGGGGCAGCAUUCUGCUGCUGAGCUGUACUGCCAGUCUCUGGAAGAUAGAUCACAGUGGUGAGGACUGGUGUGGCGUUCAGGAUGGCGGAGGAGCAGGAGUUCACUCAGCUUUGUAAGUUGCCUACGCAGUCCUCCCACCCACACUGCGUCAACAACACCUACCGCAGUACGAAGCACUCCCAGGCCCUGCUGCGAGGGCUGCUGGCUCUCCGGGACAGUGGGAUCCUCUUUGAUGUUGUCCUGGUGGUGGAGGGGAGACACAUUGAGGCCCAUCGAAUCCUCCUGGCUGCAUCCUGUGAUUACUUCAGAGGAAUGUUUGCUGGAGGAUUGAAGGAAAUGGAGCAGGAAGAGGUCCUGAUCCACGGUGUAUCCUACAAUGCUAUGUGCCAAAUUCUGCAUUUUAUAUACACCUCUGAGCUGGAGCUCAGCCUUGGCAAUGUACAGGAGACGUUGGUUGCUGCCUGCCAGCUUCAGAUCCCAGAAAUUAUCCAUUUCUGCUGUGAUUUCCUCAUGUCCUGGGUGGAUGAGGAGAAUAUCCUUGAUGUAUACCGGCUGGCAGAGCUCUUUGAUUUGAGCCGCCUGAUCGAGCAGCUGGACACCUACAUCCUCAAAAACUUUGUGGCCUUCUCAAGGACUGAUAAGUAUCGCCAGCUUCCCCUGGAGAAGGUCUACUCCCUCCUCAGCAGCAAUCGCCUGGAAGUGUCCUGUGAGACAGAGGUGUAUGAGGGAGCCCUGCUCUACCAUUAUACCCUAGAGCAGGUGCAGGCUGACCAGAUCUCACUGCAUGAACCCCCUAAACUCCUUGAGACAGUGCGGUUUCCCCUGAUGGAAGCCGAUGUCCUCCAGCGGCUGCACGACAAGCUGGAUCCCAGCCCACUGAGGGACACAGUGGCCAGCGCCCUUAUGUACCACCAGAAUGAGAGUCUGCAGCCCAGCCUGCAGGGCCCACAGACAGAGCUACGCUCGGACUUCCAAUGCGUUGUGGGCUUUGGAGGUAUUCACUCCACACCGUCCACAGUCCUCAGUGACCAAGCAAAGUACCUGAAUCCCCUGCUGGGAGAGUGGAAGCACUUCACUGCCUCCCUGGCCCCCCGCAUGUCCAACCAGGGCAUCGCGGUGCUCAACAACUUUGUGUAUUUGAUCGGAGGGGACAACAACAUCCAAGGAUUCCGAGCCGAGUCCCGAUGCUGGAGACUCCGCCAGCCUCAUCGGCCUCCUGCAGCCACCCUGCGUCUCCCUUCCAUGGGACGUUCCUGGAAUCCCGCAGGACCCUGCCUCCAUGAUGCCCACAGUUCAGGGUACGACCCUCGGCAUAACCGCUGGUUCCAGAUCCAGUCCUUGCAGCAGGAGCACGCAGACCUGUGUGUGUGCGUUGUGGGCAGGUACAUCUAUGCAGUGGCAGGACGUGACUACCACAAUGACCUGAAUGCUGUGGAGCGCUAUGACCCUGCCACCAACUCCUGGACCUAUGUGGCCCCGCUCAAGAGGGAGGUGUAUGCCCAUGCGGGUACGACGCUGGAGGGGAAGAUGUACAUUACUUGUGGCCGCAGAGGGGAGGACUACCUGAAGGAGACGCACUGUUACGACCCAGGCAGCAACAUCUGGCACACCCUGGCUGACGGGCCAGUGCGGCGAGCCUGGCAUGGCAUGGCCACCCUUCUUGACAAGCUGUAUGUGAUCGGGGGCAGCAACAAUGAUGCUGGCUACAGAAGGGAUGUGCUUCAGGUGGCCUGCUACAGCUGCUCCUCUGGACAGUGGUCAUCUGUCUGCCCACUCCCAGCUGGGCAUGGCGAACCUGGCAUUGCUGUGCUGGACAACAGGAUCUACGUGCUGGGCGGCCGUUCUCACAAUCGUGGCAGUCGCACGGGCUAUGUGCACACCUACGAUGUGGAAAAGGACUGCUGGGAAGAGGGGCCCCAGCUGGACAACUCCAUCUCAGGCCUAGCGGCCUGUGUGCUGACCCUGCCCCGGUCCCUGCUCCUUGAGCAGCCCCGCAGAACCCCUGACCGCAGCCAGGCUGACCCAGACUUUGCCUCAGAGGUGAUGAGUGUGUCAGAUUGGGAGGAGUUUGACAACUCUAGUGAGGACUAGGGCCUCGGUGCCCGGCAUCUGAGGGAGGGUUGGCUGAGGCAUCAAGGGCGGUGUGGUGCACAGAGCUAGGCCAGCACACUUGGCCCUAGGGUUGGGCACUUCCCCGGAACCGUGACUCUACAGCCCCUGCCACCCUUUCUUUACUCCAGCCCUUCAGCAUUUGAAAGGCUGGUGCAGACCCUGUCGUUGUGGAUUAUGUUACACUUGGAAAUGUUCCCAAAAGGCCAUAGUCCUUUGAGGGCGUGACCAGGCCUGGUCCUCCUUGGUGAGCCCUGGAGAUCUUACGUCACCAGCUGUCUUGGGUCCCCCCUCCCUCCUUGGAUCCGUUCCCCGAUGGGCUAAGGAGGUCCCUUCUCCAGCAGGACCUGGGGGCUGGGGGCCCAGGCAGAGGCACUGAGGCACGUGGCAUCUACCCUUCCUUCCGUGGACGGGGCAGGGCUGCAUGAGCAGCCAGACCUUGAGUGACUGGGGGCUCCAGAGGGCAGCGAGGGAGCAGAGACACAAAAAGUUGCCUGGGACAGGUUCUUGUGAUGAAGAGAUCCCUUGCCACUGGGUUUUUCUGACCCUGUGUUGUUGAUAAAUGGAAUAAAGCAUUAUA